CCCCCGCCGCCCCGCACAGGAGCCGCCGCGCAGCCACGGCGCCCUGCCCGCUCCCGGCCCCGCGCCCGCCAGCGAUGAGGCCCGGGGGCAGGCGCUGCCUGCCGCUGCUCGCCGGCCUCGCCGUGGCCGUCGCCCUCGCGGAGGCCGCGACCUUUUUAUCACAGCAGUAUGCCUCAGAGUUCCUGUCGAGGAAACGUCGAGCAAAUUCUUUUAUGGAAGAAAGCAAGAAGGGAAAUUUAGAGAGAGAAUGCAUUGAAGAAUUAUGCAAUAAGGAAGAAGCCAGGGAAAUCUUCGAAAAUAAUCCUGAAACUGAGUAUUUUUAUCCCAAGUAUUUAAGCUGCCUUGCCUCCCAUCGAGCAGGGGUUUUCAGAGUUAUUGCAAGUACUCCAGAUUCUCCAGCAGACCUGAGGGCUUGUGUCAAUGAAAUUUCCAACCAGUGCAGCCCUUUACCGUGCCACAGAGAUGGAUAUAAGGACUGCAUAGAUGGACAGGCCAAAUAUACAUGUGUCUGUAAACCAGGAUGGCAAGGAGAGAGAUGUGAAGAAGAUAUAAAUGAAUGCGAGAACAUAAAUGGAGGUUGUAGCCAGCGCUGCUCUAAUUUACCUGGAAGCUACCGCUGCUUAUGUGAAGAUGGUUACUUCAUGCAUUCAAAUAAAAAAGAUUGCAGAGAUAUAAAUGAAUGUGCCCUACGUCCAAACAUCUGUGGGACAGCCAUCUGUAAGAACACCCAGGGGAAAUAUGAAUGUGAAUGUGCAGAAGGCUACACAUAUAACUCAACUUCCAAGAACUGUGAAGAUAUUGAUGAAUGUGCUGAAAAUAUUUGUGCCCAACUUUGUGUAAACUCUCCAGGAAGUUAUAGCUGCUAUUGUGAUGGCAAGAAAGGCUUCAAGCUUUCUAAGGACAUGAAGAAYUGUGAGCCUGUUCCAGUAUGUAUCCCACUGAACCUUGAAAAGAAUUAUGAACUGCUUUACCUGGCAGAACAAUUUACAGGGAUUCCUGUUCUGUACUUAAAGUUUAAAUUGCCAAAUGUCACCAGAUUUUCAGCAGAAUUUGAUUUCCGGACAUAUGAUGCAGAAGGAGUUAUAUUAUAUGCAGAAUCCCUUGACAACACAGCAUGGAUCUUACUUGCUCUUCGUGACGGGAAGAUUGAAAUUCAAUUCAAGAAUGAAUUUGGAACAAAAGUCACCAGUGGAGGCAAAGCCAUUAAUGAUGGACUGUGGCAUAUAAUAUCAGUAGAAGAACUAGAACACAGCAUCAGUGUMAAAAUAGCUAAAGAAGCAGUGAUGAAUAUUAACAGCCCAGGAACUCUUUUUAAACAGUCACACGGUUUCUUGGAAACCAAGGUGUACAUUGCAGGAUUUCCUCGCAAAGUGGACAACAGUCUCAUUAAGCAGAUUAAUCCUCGAUUAGAUGGGUGCAUUCGUGCCUGGAACCUGAUGAAUCAGGGACAUUCCGGCGUAAAAGAAGUCAUUCAAGAAAAGCAAAGCAAACACUGCUUAGUCACCGUGGGGAGAGGGUCCUUCUACCCUGGCACYGGAAUGGCAAAAUUUCAUUUAAACUACUAUAAUCUUGACAGUGCUGAAGACUGGCUAAUAAACGUGACCAUGACUAUCCGCCCGUCCGCAGACACCGGCGUCCUCUUGGCCUUGGUUGCUAGUGAGAGAGUGCCCCUGGCUUUGGCCAUGGUGGACUCCAACUCUUCUGACUCACAGGAAAUCAUUGUGACCAUUGAAAACAUCACUGUCGCACGCCUGGAAUCAAAGAAGUUAUGCACACCUAAAAAAGUGCUGGUAGGACUUCUCGUAACCAAAGAGCAACUUGAACUGUCAGUAGAUUCACACACAGACAGAAGCAGCAGCUCGGAGCAGCUGUCUGUCCUGCAUGAAGCAAUGCUGGGAAACGUCGUUACAUACUUGGGUGGCCUGCCAGAUGUUCCUCUGGGUGCCACAUUAGUAACUGCUUUUUAUAACGGCUGCAUGGAGGUGAAGGUCAACAACAGACAGCUGGAUCUGGAUGAAGCCAUUUUUAAACACAAUGACAUUAGAUCUCACUCGUGCCCACUUGUUAUGGAAGAACCAUUCAAUUCUUAAUUUAACUUUUUUCCUUUCAGAUAUAAUUUGUGUAAUUAGUCUCUUGCCAUAAUGAAGCCUGUAUUAUUUGAAUUCAAGAUGUGCCAGGAAAGUAAUCAACAGCAUGUUUUUCCUCCCUUUGAUGUACCAUGGGGAAAAAAAAUAUCCCCUCUCCUUUCAGCAGUAAAGAGACAUAAUCAAGAUCAAAAUUCUGUAAAAUGUUCUUUUAUUCAUGUCAGUGGUAAAUCUUAAACCCAGAUUUAUCUUCUGUAUUCAUUCUACAUCCUUGAUAUAUUUAGUUUGGAGAGGCAGUKCAGAAAGUUCUGAUUGGAACCAAUUUUGCAUCUUAUUUUUGAUAUAUCAGCACAAAGUUACACAUUGCAAGUUUUGGCAGAGUAUUUGAAUCUAAACAAAACCAUKCCUGUUAACUUUUCCA